CGUUGGUUUAGUGUAAUACAUAUCAAACUAGCUACCUCCUGCUUUCUCAGCAACUUCACAGUUCACACACCUUGGUCUAAUUUCUAAACAGAUCGAGAUCGCAUCCAUACUACUAAGCCCUUCAUCCUUCUCCUACUAAUUUGUUUGUGGUGCGCGAUUAAAUCUGGUCGUACUGUACGUUGGAGCUAACUAGCAAUGGAGAACCUGUUGGGUCUGUUGAGAAUUCAUAUCCAAAGAGGAGUGAACCUUGCCGUCAGAGACAUGAGAAGCAGCGACCCUUAUCUCAUUGUCAGAAUGGGCAAGCAGAAGCUAAAGACUCGUGUAGUGAAGAAGAGCGUGAAUCCAGAGUGGAAUGAACAAUUGACUCUUUCAAUUGCUGAUCCAAGUCUUCCGAUCCUGGUCUCUGUGUAUGACAAGGAUACAUUUAGUUUUGAUGACAAAAUGGGGGAUGCAGAGUUUGAGAUUGGUCCAUUCAUUAAAGCCUUGAAGAUGGGUUUCCAAGGCCUUGAAGAUGGAGCCAUAAUUUCUAAAGUGCAGGCAAACAAGCAAAAUUGUCUAGCUGAAGAGAGCUGCAUUAUUUACUCCGAAGGCAAACUUGUACAGAACAUGGUUCUCAGACUCAGAAAUGUGGAGUGCGGGGAAGUGGAACUCCAAUUGCAGUGGAUUGAUGUACCUAGUUCUAGGGGUCUAUAGUUACUGAUCUCACUGUGUCUGAUUUUCCGUUCGUAAUGUCCAGAGGAGUUACAGAUGCUAUCCUUCCAUGUAUUGUCAUCAACAUAUGGGAUGUGAGAAUCUAAUAAACUACAAAUUGUAUGCGAUACCUUUUCUAUUUCUAUGUAUGUGCACAGUAAAAAAGAAAUAAAUAUCGCUUUCUCUAGAUUGACAAAACGUCCUAUGAGAAGCUCUGCUAGGAUUUUUCUAGGGGUUGGAGAGGGCUUUCGACCUUUCAACGGUGUAUCGGGUUCUUCCCUCGUAUACUUGUGGGUCCUUUGGUUGAAAUGAGUAUGGAGGAUGCGGCAACGUUCUUAUUAUUGGGUCCUAUUUCGGGGUUCUGGCAAGUUUGUUUCUUUUCUGAGUUUUGUUUCACCGAUCAUGGUGUUUGAUUGGUUCUUUGGUGAACAUCGGUGGUUUCAAUGGGUUUUUGGUUGGAUAUAUUGGUGUGUGGAGAUGGCGUGAUUGGUUGCGAAUUUUGCUCGGGCUAGAAUUCUGGAAUUCCGCUCUAGUCGGGUCGGGGGCUAGAGCUUCGAAGUAGGAUUUUGUUGUUCCUCUGUCGAUGUCUUUUGCUAAUGGUCUUGGAUUGUUUAGAGGCAUGGGUCUGGAUCGGGUCGAUGGUUGCUGCGACGCCCUAUUCGCAUAUGGUAGACUCUUCCCCGUGUGUUGUUCUGGUCACAGGUGAUUGGGCAGCGCGGUGGAGGUUUUCCCCCGAGUUAGAGGUGCUCUACAUGAUGAAACGGUGCUCCCGGCGGUGGGUAUACGUCGGUUUCAGGCCCAAACCGACUUCGACCUGAAACAGUCAAUUAGGCCCAAAGUCCAAAUCAACAAUCGACUUAAAAAUAAUUGAGCCGAAUUUUAGGUUGGGCCGAAUUUUCGGGUCAGCCCAAUUCAGUUUCAGGUCAUUUUAAUGGUUUUUUUUUUUUCCUUUUUCUUCUAGCGACUGUCCCUUUUUUAUUUUUUUUUCUUCUCAUUAAUUUAUAUUUUCUAUACAUAUCAA